GUGGAGUCAUGGUCAGGGUGAGGAUGAUGUAAUUCCUAGAUGGGACACUGUCUCCUGGCUGGAGGUGAGAUGCACACAGUUGCAUUCUGACAGGAGAUCCUUGCCACUGGUCAUCCCAUCAAACAAGGACUUUAGCCCGCUUGCCUUCAGCCUGAGGAACACAGCAUGGUUUUGGAAAUGCUGAACCCAAUGCACUGCAACAUCACCAGCAUGGUGCUCGAUGCUGUGCCCAUUGCUACCAUGUCAGUCCUGCUGCUCACUGGGCUCCUUCUUUUGGUUUGGAAUUAUGAGAACACCUCCUCAAUCCCAGGUCCCGGCUACUGUAUGGGAGUUGGGCCCCUCAUUUCCCACUUCAGGUUCCUGUGGAUGGGGAUUGGCGGUGCCUGCAACUACUACAACAAGAUGUAUGGAGAAUUCACGAGAGUCUGGAUUGCUGGAGAGGAAACACUUAUUAUCAGCAAGUCCUCAAGCAUGUUUCACAUAAUGAAGCACAAUCACUACGUCUCCCGAUUCGGCAGCAAACUUGGGUUGCAGUGCAUCGGCAUGCAUGAGAAUGGCAUCAUAUUUAACAAUAACACAGAUGUCUGGAAAGUAGUUCGACCUUUCUUUACAAAAGCUCUGUCUGGCCCUGGGCUCGUGCGCAUGGUGACAGUUUGUGCUGAAUCCAUCGUAAAGCACCUGGACAGGCUGGAGGAAGUCAGAAAUGAGUCGGGCAGCCUCAACGUGCUGCACCUCAUGCGGUGCAUCAUACUGGACACCUCCAACAUGGUCUUCCUGAGGAUCCCCUUGGAUGAAAAUGCCAUCGUAGUUAAAAUACAGGGUUAUUUUGAGGCAUGGCAAGCUCUCCUUCUCAAACCAGACAUCUUCUUUAAGAUUUCUUGGCUCUACAAAAAGUAUGAAAAGUCUGUCAAGGAUUUGAAAGAUGCCAUGAAUAUUCUGAUAGAUGAAAAAAGACACAAGAUUUCCACAGCAGAUAAACUCGAAGACAAUUUGGAUUUUGCCACUGAGUUGAUUUUUGCCGAGAAACGUGGUGACCUGACAAGGGAGAAUGUGAACCAGUGCAUACUGGAAAUGAUGAUCGCAGCACCAGACACCAUGUCUGUCUCUGUGUUCUUCAUGCUGUUUCUCAUUGCAAAGCAUCCUAACAUUGAAGAGGCAUUGGUGAAGGAAAUUCAGACUGUUAUUGGUGAAAGAGACAUAAGGAUUGAUGAUAUGCAAAAAUUAAAAGUGGUGGAAAACUUUAUUAAUGAGAGCAUGCGGUACCAGCCUGUUGUGAACUUGGUCAUGCGCAAAGCCUUACAGGAUGAUGUUAUUGAUGGUUACCCAGUGAAAAAGGGGACUAACAUUAUCCUGAAUAUUGGAAGAAUGCAUAGACUCGAAUUUUUCCCCAAGCCUAAUGAAUUCACUCUUGAAAACUUUGCCAAGAAUGUCCCUUACAGGUAUUUUCAGCCAUUUGGUUUUGGGCCCCGUAGCUGUGCGGGAAAAUACGUCGCCAUGGUGAUGAUGAAAGUCAUCCUGGUGACACUUCUGAGACGAUUCCACGUGCAGACAUUGCAAGGUCAAGGAGUAUCUAUUGAAAAGAUGCAUAAGAAAACUAACUUGGCCGUGCACCCAGAUGAGACAUGCAACUACUUGAAUAUGACUUUUGUCCCAAGAAAAUCAGACAAGUGCCACGAAUGCUGAAGAAGAUUGGUCAGUACCUACUCUGGAGCACUUCUAAUCAGUAGUUCAUCAGAAAAUUAUUCAUCCUUGCCAUAGUAUCAUCUUCAUAGUGAACAUUAGGUAGUGUAUGACACUUUAUAGGCAUACCUCUUACAGGCUGUCAGCAAACUAGAAGACAUCAGUCAUCUGAUUUUGUCCAAAACACAGAAUCAAGAGCAAGAGAAAACACAGAGGUCAAGCGUUUGCAGGCAAAAUGGUCAGUGAAAAACUGCAGCCUUAGAGGCCCAAUUCCACAAAAGGUGUUAAAAAAUAGGCCACCAGCAAAACUUAUAUCUGGUUGCCAAUGGAAUCUCCACUGCCCUGCCCCAAGAGCAGUUGAAUAUCUGGGGCAGAAGCCCUUCAAUUGAUUAGAAAGACCAGACCAACGUCUGGGUGCCUAGAGUUAAACACAUCUGUUAGUGUAAAUAAAAGUGUUUGAUUUGGCUUUCAGUGGAUUUAGGACUAUAGUAUUCAUAGUCUUUGGAGAAAUACAAAUUCAGCAUUUUACUUUUCCUAUUAAUUAUAUUCAAUUGA